AUGGCAUCGUCGCUACAAGCAUCAGACAUUGAUGCUUUCCGCAGCAAUUUCACGGCUGCCGAGAGCAACCACGACCAUCUGCUCCGGUGCUGGGCACAGCAAACUUGUGGAGGAUGCCUAGACACAACAGAAUGCAGCUGGUGUCCCUAUACUUGGUCAUGUAUUCCCAAUUCAUAUCGCGUUCCGCUCCUGGCUCCAAUAUACAAUGAGCGGAUCUGCCCUCAUCCGGCUGAGCGAUGGGAAGUGCGCACGCAUCCAUUUGGAUGCAAUGUGUCGACUACAACUAGCUUGACUGCCAUUGUUUCCGUAGUGGCAACAUUGGUCCUCGCGCUCAUUGUGCUCACUGCAGUGAUUCUGAUCCGCCGACUACGACGCUCCUCCAAGCAGUUUCCCAACUGGAGGCGGUACUUCACCAUUCGACGACGCACCGACAAUUCAUCACAGGAGCGCGAUCCUCUGCUUCCCGCCCAAGGGAGGGGUCAGGAAGAAGGCGCCUAG